AGGAGAUCUUCAGCUGUUUAGCAGAGCGCCUCAGAAAGCACUACCCCCAGGCAGGGGGCGGCUAUUCCUCCUUCUGUUCCGCCUCCAUCCGGUUCACAUCACUUCCCCGGACUAUUCCCCUGCUCGAGCCUGACAUGGUGUGUGUGUCUCGGGAUCUAGCUGUGCUCACAGCCGGCGUCCUUCUCCUGGUACUGGGGACCUUCCUGGUGUCGGCGGAGGAAGGACUAGGCCGGGGUAUGUUCUUUCUUGGUGUUAGGCAGAGAGGGGUUUUACAACCAAACUGUAUGAGCUAUAAUAUGGGAAAGGGGCAUUUUGGGGGUCGUGGUGGGGGAGGGUAAGAAAUGGCCAUAGAAAUUGGGGAAAGCCAAAAAGUAGUACCAGCUGUUGCAGACACUGCCAAAGCAUCAUGGGAGUUGUAGUUCUGCAAUAGCUGGAGGUCUAUCGUUUGUCCUCCUCUAGAGUACCUGAAGUCCAGGUGAGCUUUUGGAUGAUUUAGUCUUUUUAAUGUAGAUUGUUCUAUAGGACAUUUACAGAGUGCAAGUGUGAAUGGCCCCAAAGGUGGCAAUCUUGUUAUAAAGAAUAUAAUCGUAGAAAAUGGGGGUCCAUGGGGCUAAGCCAGUGUUGGCUAAAAUGCCUUGGCACUGUGUAGGGGUUUCCACAGAUUUAUUUUUGCCCAGGUGGGGGCAAAGCCAUUCUCUGUAUGGGCACCUUUUUAAAAGAACACUCUAACAUAAAUAUAUUUAAUUUUUAUGUUCGUGUUUGUUUUUAAAACAUUUUUUUUUUUACUUAGAUUAAGAGCACCUCUAUGGAAAUAUUUAAAAAAUAAAUAAAUAAAUACAACUCACCUUUUAUCCACUACACCUGCUGUGAGAUUAUUUAUUGCUGCUUGUCUACUGUCCAACAGAGAAUCAUAUGGCUCGUGGAGUACCAAAAGUUAGCUAUUACUGGACUGAACAUUGCAUGCUCUCUUUAAAAUGAAUACCUGGCAUGCAUAUUGAUUAAACACUUAAAAAAAUAAAUCACCUGUAGAGUUAUUCACUAAACUGUGAAUAUUUGGUCAAUAUAAUCAAACUGAAAAUAUUGCUGCUUUUUAAAUUUACCCCAUGUAGGGGUUUAAAACACUGACACUAGUGUUUUUCACUAAAUGGUGAAUAAAAAGUCAGCAGUGUAGUAUGGUUGUAUUGCCCCCCCCCCCCAAAAAAAAAACAACAAUUCUAAUUAGGGAUCGACCAAUAUAGAUUUUUUUAGAGUCAAUAACGAUACCGAUAAUCUGUGAACUUUCAGGCUGAUAGUUUACCGAUAUUCUGUACAUUUACCGUAUUUUUUAAAAUAUUUUUGCAAAUCUUUUUUUUUUAUUAUUAAGUGGUAAAUACACAAAAUAUACAUGCCGGUCAGAUUUUUGUAAUGUUUUUAAGAAUAUUUAUAUGUGUGUGUGUAGUGGAUGCAGUGAGAGUAUUUGAUUAGUAAAUGCAGUGUGUUUGUGUAGUGGAUGCAGUGUGGGUUUUUGUGUGUAAAUAUGUGCGGUAGGAACUCCACUCCUCCCCACCACUUACCUGUCUCUUAGUGCCCACCCCAUUCUCCUGUUCCUCUCCCUUCUCUUUUAGUGAUCCACCCCAGUGUUCCUUUUCCAUGUCCUCCCUUAAUGUUCCUCUCUCCCCCCUAGUGUUUUUCACCCCCCUCCACUGUCCCAUAGUGUUCUUCAUAUAUAAUAUAUCAUAUAUAAUAUUUUUAUUAGUGAUAUUGCAGAAGGUCUUGAUGGUAAGGUAUGUCUUUUUGCUGAUGAUACUAAAAUAUGUAACAGGGUUGAUGUUUCAGGAGGGAUAAGCCAAAUGGCAAAUGAUUUAGGUAAACUUGAAAAAUGGUCAGAAUUGUGGCAACUGACAUUUAAUGUGGAUAAGUGCAAGAUAAUGCAUCUUGGACGUAAAAACCCAAGGGCAGAGUACAGAAUAUUUGAUAGAGUCCUAACCUCAACAUAUGAGGAAAGGGAUUUAGGGGUGAUUAUUUCUGAUGACUUAAAGGUAGGCAGACAAUGUAAUAGAGCAGCAGGAAAUGCUAGCAGAAUGCUUGGUUGUAUAGGGAGAGGUAUUAGCAGUAGAAAGAGGGAAGUGCUCAUGCCAUUGUACAGAACACUGGUGAGACCUCACUUGGAGUAUUGUACACAGUACUGGAGACCGUAUCUUCAGAAGGAUAUUGAUACCUUAGAGAGGGUUCAGAGAAGGGCUACUAAACUGGUUCAUGGAUUGCGGGAUAAAACUUACCAGGAAAGGUUAAAGGAUCUUAACAUGUAUAGCUUGGAGGAAAGACGAGACAGGGGGGAUAUGAUAGAAACAUUUAAAUAUAUAAAGGGAAUCAACACAGUAAAGGAGGAGACUAUAUUUAAAAGAAGAAAAACUACCACAACAAGAGGACAUAGUCUUAAAUUAGAGGGACAAAGGUUUAAAUAUAAUAUCAGGAAGUAUUACUUUACUGAGAGGGUAGUGGAUGCAUGGAAUAGCCUUCCAGCUGAAGUGGUAGAGGUUAACACAGUAAAGGAGUUUAAGCAUGCGUGGGAUAGGCAUAAGGCUAUCCUAACUAUAAGAUAAGGCUAGGGACUAAUGAAAGUAUUUAGAAAAUUGGGCAGACUAGAUGGGCCGAAUGGUUCUUAUCUGCCGUCACAUUCUAUGUUUCUAUGUUUUACCCCCCUCCACUGUCCCAUAAUGUUCUUCACCCCCCUCCACUGUCCCAUAGUGUUCUUCACCCCCCCUCCACUGUCCCAUAGUGUUCUUCAUCCCCCCUCCACUGUCCCAUAGUGUUCUUCACCCCCCUCCACUGUCCCACAGUGUUCUUCCAGCCCCUCCACUGUCCCAUAGUGUUCUUCACCCCACCUCCCCGGUCCCAUAGUGUUCUUCACCCCACCUCCCCGGUCCCAUAGUGUUCUUCACCCCACCUCCCCGGUCCCAUAGUGUUCUUCACCCCACCUCCCCGGUCCCAUAGUGUUCUUCACCCCACCUCCCCGGUCCCAUAGUGUUCUUCACCCCACCUCCCCGGUCCCAUAGUGUUCUUCACCCCCCUCUUUCCUGUCCCAUAGUGUUGUUCACCUCCCCUCUUCCCUGUCCCAUAGUGUUGUUCACCUCCCCUCUUCGCUGUCCCAUAGUGUUCUUCACCACCCUCUGCCCUGUCCCAUAGUGUGCUUGACCACCCCUCUGCCCUGUCCCAUAGUGUGCUUGACCACCCCUCUGCCCUGUCCCAUAGUGUGCUUGACCACCCCUCUGCCCUGUCCCAUAGUGUGCUUCACCACCCCUCUGCCCUGUCCCAUAGUGUGCUUGACCACCCCUCUGCCCUGUCCCAUAGUGUGCUUGACCACCCCUCUGCCCUGUCCCAUAGUGUGCUUGACCACCCCUCUGCCCUGUCCCAUAGUGUGCUUGACCACCCCUCUGCCCUGUCCCAUAGUGUGCUUCACCACCCCUCUGCCCUGUCCCAUAGUGUGCUUGACCACCCCUCUGCCCUGUCCCAUAGUGUGCUUGACCACCCCUCUGCCCUGUCCCAUAGUGUGCUUCACCACCCCUCUGCCCUGUCCCAUAGUGUGCUUCACCACCCCUCUGCCCUGUCCCAUAGUGUGCUUCACUACCAUCGGAUCAUCGGCCAAUAAUAUCGGCAAAACUGAUAAUUGGUCGAUCCCUUAUUCUAGUAGUUCAAGGUGAAUUUUAAAUGUAAGGCUAAAAUGUAAACGUAUAGCCACACUGAACACAUAAGUGACUUCUAAUUCCGAAUUUUUCUAAGUCUAUUAUUUGACCCAAUUUUUAAAAUGCUCUUUAAAUUCUUUACAAUUCUCACUUAAGUGCAUAACCCUGUGAAUUUUAGUAAAUUGAAAAGCGAAUGCAAUUGUGACUAUAGUUGCAUUUGAUAAUUUUUCCAGAGCAGCCUUAUAAUGGAACACUUCAAAUAACCUAAACCACAAUCGACCUGCUGUAGUAGUUAUAGUGACAGCAGUGCCCUGGCUCCCUCCCAGAGUAAGUAGUGAAACCAUUUGAGAAUGGUUGGGCACCUUACAUGGGUCCCGCCAGGUGCCUGCUACCACCUCCCUUGCUGCCGGAUGCUCCUGUUUACUAAGCUAAACCUGGCUAGGCAGUGCCAGGCUUGUUGGAAGAGGAUGCUUAGCUUACACUGUCAGCCAAUGAACUGGCACUGUAUGGCAGCACAGUAGAGCUAAUGGAAGCUCCUCGCAGUGGCUUCGAGCACCAGGGGAGGGGGCAAUGGGUACCCAGCAUUACUCAAGUUAUCAAACCAUUCUAAAGCUAGAAGGGAUCAAGGAUACUCCUGGCACCAUAACCACUACAACCGGCUGGUGUGAUUAUGGGGUUUGGAGUGUUCCUUUAAUUAAAUGUUGCAAUUCUGUCAAAUCAAAAAGAAAAUAUUAAAAUGUUGUGAUUUGGUUUGCAAUUCAGUUGUUUAGACAAACCUCGUCAUUGUUGUAUAUUCAACAUAUGUGUUCGUGAUAGUGUGUAAAAUGGCAAACAUUUCCUAAAUAAUAAAUUAGGAGUUUUUUAUUUUAUUAUUUAAAGAAUUCUGGUGUAGUUUUAGAUGUGAUCAUUCAUUAUAUUAGCAUGCUAAUGAAAGAAUAAACCUUAGUCUAAGCAUCUCCUGCAUUCCAAAGUAAUUAAAGGGCUACUACAAUUACCAUGAACACUUCAGUGAUUUGAAGUGGUGUUGGUGCCUGGAGUCUCUACGUGCAACAGUAGUUCCUGGAGGCUAAUUGUAAUUCUGUGAGUGUUGCAUAUCUGACAUCGGCAUGCCGGCGAGGAAUGGGCUGCAAUGAGAACUUGGCGUCAGCGCAGGAACGGCGUCAAGUUUUAACUAUAGUUAGUUUUAUUUUUUAAAUUUGACAGGCGUGGACAGACAAGCACAGCAAGGGUUACUCUAUUUGCCUCUAUGUAUGCCUCCUUAUGAAAGCACUGGUUUUUGGGUUGUUAACCAUUUAAUCAUGUAGAAAUUCUCAAUGGAUUUGUAUGAAAACCUGUUCUGUGUUUUAGGUUUCGGGGAUCACAUUCACUGGAGAACACUUGAAGAUGGAAAACUUGAGGCUGCAAACAGGUAUGGCUAUUUUAAGUCCAACAUUUACAUUUUUAAUGUAGACUUUUUUUAAACCUAUCCAAUUGCAGAUAUUAUGGCCAUGCAGUAGUGAUUUUGAGUUCACAAAUUGAGUCAAUUUUGUGGCAAGCAUAAAUUACUGCUACUAUAAUAUUGUAGCCCAAUAUUCAACUACUAGCCCAGUGUAACUGAAUGUGUAACAUUGCUGAUCUGGUGAGUUUUUACAAUGUAUCAGUUAUGGCCUAAGCUUUGGAAUUCGUUCAGAAUGUUCCUUAUUCAUGCUCUGAUAAUGGAAUAUAUUUUGUUUUGCAUUGUAACAUUGCUGGGUGUUAAAAUUCAGGCUCUAGAUCCGUGUUGCCUAACUGUCAGUUAUUUCCUGUUGUGUUCAAACAGUCUUUGAACCUGGCAGAAAGUCAUGGUAAAUAAUUGUGUAACGGUUUGUCAUUACUUCUAUAGAUUUUCUUUUCCUGUCUCUCUUUUUGCAGUGGGUUACCAAUCCUGGUUCUGAUCCAUAAGACCUGGUGUGGAGCUUGUAAAGGUAAUUACGGUUUCCCUCUUUUUAUUGUAGAUAUUUUUAUUCGUCCUGGAGAGCCUCCGUUUAAACACUCUGUAUAUCAAUGCGUAAUACAUUUAUUUAUUUUUUCUGUUCCAUGAUGUAGCAUUAAAGCCUAAAUUUGCAGAAUCCAAAGAAAUUUCGGAAUUGUCACAUAACUUUGUGAUGGUCAACAUAGAGGUGAGAAAAUCCACCAGUCAUAGAAGCAAAUAUUCAUUAUGCUAAUGUUUUUUAAUUUAUGGUUUCAUAUUGAUAUUGUUUUUGGGGCGACCUGUUGUUUUUGUUUAGAUUAUGAUUAUUCUACCUUUUCAAAAUGCCUACAAAAUCAAACAGCUUUUCAAAAACUCCUGAAACUACAUCUUUUGCAACAUAAAGCUCAUAGGUCACAUAGUCUGACAGCCAUCGUGAGGUAGGGCAACCAAUUUUGCACAAUAUCCAUACAUCUUUAUAGUGUCCCUUUAAUACAACAGACAUUGAUUGGUCACAUGGUUUAGCAGCCAUAUUGGAAUGUGCACAAUUAUUAACGUCUUCAAAUAAUUUGUCACAACAAUGCAACAUCUACUAUAGAUCUUCACAGUUAGGCCCUCUACAACAAUGUUUCACAGCAAGUUGAUUUUAAAAUAAAGAUGGCCACCAGUUACCCUCAGGAUAUCUGAACUAUGUUACAGCUUGGGGGAGCAGAAAAGAACGGUCAUCCUUUAUUUGAGUAGUUGGUGAGAGGCUGCAGAGCAGGGAAGGGAGGCUGCUGUCGUACCUGAAAAAUGUGUAAAAGGGGGGAGCAUGGCUAAGGAGGCAGGCUUAAUGUACAGAAAGCUGCAAAACUAGAGAGAAUUUAACAUGAAAAGAAUACAAUGUAAUUAUUGGGUGAAAAGCUAUAUAUGCAUUAAAGGAACACAAUGUUAGGAAUAUUAAUCUGUAUUCCUAAUGCCAUAUUGUGUCCUGUCCCUAACUUGAUAGGUCCCUCCCACUUCCGAUUUUGAAAGCUCUGCUCUGUCUAGGUUUCUGUAUUCCGUGAGGUCACGGAGAUGGGCCGGACCUAAUGCGCAUGCGCAGCAAGCACCACACACGCAUUAAAGCUUUCACAUAGAAAAUCAUUGAAUCAGUGUUUACCUUUUGGAAGUUUAGAGUUCACUAUGUUUUUGUUAGAUAUUUUUCUUGAAUGGUUUUCUUAAUGUAUAAUCUUCCCAUAGGAUGAAGAGGAGCCAAAAGAUGAAGCUUUUAGCCCAGACGGUGGCUACAUUCCUAGAAUAGUUUUUCUGGGUAAGUGGAAUGGUCGAUUUCGCUACUUUUGUUUCAGUUCUAGGUGAAUACUUGAUAUUCAUCAAUAUGUUGCAUUGUGCCCGUUCCCUCCAAGGCGAUCUGGCAGCCGGCUGCACGUAUUGUAGGUGGACGGUGAGGGAGCUGUGAUCUCACACACGCCGCUUGGUGAUGUCGGGGCCGGAAGCCUGGGAACAGAGCAGGGAGAUCACUGCUACCUCACCGCCUGCCACCAGUACGCACAGCCGGCCGCACACCUCCACUCUUCCCUAGCUGGCAACCCACUGGACCCCAGGGAAGGCUGAUCCACUUUAGCACUCUCAAAGGUAGGAAGGCUGAGUGAACUUAGAUUCAUUUUAACAUGUAAUAAUUUGUCAGUGUGUGUCUGUGCCAAAGAUUUGCAGCGCAUGCACAAUAUCUUCCCGAUCCUUUCCUAUGUGAUAUAGACCAAAAAAAACAUUUUUUGUAGCUGAAAAUAAAGCUUUGUAAGUUAAAAAACAAAACACAGAUAGCAUUAGGAAUACCUCUCUAAUAUGUCAGUGCUGUGUUUCUAAACCACAUGCAGUGAUGUAUUUUGGAUUUGUGCUGCUCUAGGUAUGAUGGAACUCUGGCACCCCGUAAUUUUACCUGAGGUCCAGUAGGGCUGCUAGGCUGGCUUACGGGCAAACCGGGGGCCACGCGAGGGUGCUGAGUAAGAAGAGCUCACAGAUCAGCACUCCCUCACCUGGAAAACGAGGCUAAGAAGCCUGGGCAUUUGGGGCAGACUUUUUUGCCACCCAAGGCAAAUGCCUUGCUAGCCUCUCAGUAAAUACAGCUCUAGCCACAUGCACAGCUUGGCUGGACUCUCGAUCUCUUAAGAGAUUUCAUAAUUCAGUGCUGGUCAAUUUUUUUUUCCUCUUUUUGUAACACCCCCACAACCCUGAUAAAAAUAUCUGAAAGGUUAAACUUGUAACUAUACCUAUUGAUCAUUGUUAUCCGAGAAUAGGGGAUAUUUGUUUCUUGACUGCAUUUAACCCCUUCACUUCUGAGCACUUUUUGUUUGAAAAAGAUUAGCAUACAAUUUAUUUCAAUAAUGGAGUUUAUAGCUCGCACAUAAAGAUAUAGUAAAAAGAAAAAAAAAAAGCAUUUUUCUGCACAGAUUGCUUUUCGGUCAAAGAUAAAAAAUAAAAUCAUGUAUAUUUUUAUUUAUUCAUUCAUGUUUUUAUAGUAAUUUUUAGAGAAUAAAAAGAUUUAGGCAGUGCCAUUUAUCUUGCAAUAUCCCACGCAAGGUCUGAAAUAUCCGUAUAAACCACCCCCCCCCCAAUUUUAUUUUAUUUUUUAUUUUAUUUUUUUCUCACAUACAGUCAGUGUGACAAAAAUGUAUAGAUAAAAAUGUUGAAUAACCGGGUUUUAGGUAUUUGUAUGACCCUGAAGGCAUUACUAGUAGUGCAGCUUAUAAAAAAAAAAAAAAUGGCAACAGAUUGCAAAAGGAAUGUCUGCGUUUUGACGAUAAUGCCCACAUAUGGGAAAUAAAGUUAAACAUAUAUUUCUAAAGUAAAUGUAUUUAUAAAGUGAUGUUGCAAUCUUCAACAUUCUCUGGACUGUAAGUGAAAUGCUAAUAGUGAAAUAGAAGAGUCUAUUCACCUUCCUCCCUGACUGCAGGAAUAGUAUAACCCAGUGGUUCCCAAACUUUUUAUGUUCAAGGCGCCCUUAAUAUUUCAAUAUUUUUCCAAGGCACCCCAAGUCAAAACUAUUUUCUAGGUUGUAUAUAUGUACAGCACUGCGGCAUAUACUGGGCCCCUUAUCUUGGGAGUGUUACUGGUAAAUUAUUUAAAGAAACAAUCCAGGCAUAAUAACCACUACAUUACAUUGUAGUGGUUAUGGUGCCGGGAUAGUGGCUGUAGUGUGUGUGUGUUGCAAUAUAUAUUUUAUAUAUAUAUACACAUAUACGUGUGUGUGUGUACAGGGGUGAAUUGCAUUUGUGAAGGAUGUAGUGUGUGUGUGUGUGUGUGUGUGUGUGUGUGUGUGUGUGUGGUCAGUUUUUGCAUGAGGGGUACAGUGUGUGUGUGUAUGGGGGGAGUUAUUGUGUGGUGUGGAGUCUUUGGGGGUAGGAGGGCAAAUUAAUAAAUAUAUACUUUAUAUUUUUUUAAUUAAAAUGAUAUCCCCCCUCCCUGCUUACCUUUGCCUGGGAGGGGGGACAUUUCCUGUAAUCCCUGGUGGUCCCAGUGGAGAGAGUGAACUCUAGCAGCCUCAGAAGCUGCUAGAGUUCACUCUCGCGAGAUUCGGAGCGUUGCUGCGGUUCCGAGCUGGCGAAAGGAGAACCCGGCGGAGCUGCAGGUUAGAGCUCCCCUGGGUCCUCCCUCCCUUUCAUCCCUGCCGGCUGUCAGCAAAGUGCUAGCGGGCCGUACAGGGAGAUCUCUGGUCUCCCCUCCGGUCCUGCAGAGCCGGCAGGGGAGAGCACAGUUCCCGCUGCUAUCAUCAUAGCACCGGAAAAAUUUGCGGAUACCCUGUGUGCUUGUCACACAGUUUAAGAACCGCUGGUAUAACCCAUUGAUAUAGCCUUUAUUGUUUGGAAGCAGAAGGUGAGCAGAACACUAACCCUAUUGUGUCUUAGUGCCCAGUUAGAUUAUUGCAUACACACCCCACCCCAAACAGAAGUCCGUAAUUUACUUACCAUAACUCUAUUGCUGCACCGGGUUCCAUCGUGGCCGUGCGCUUCUUUUGCUGAGAUAGUCAGUCCAGAUAAUCUCGGCCAAUUCAAUGCUUCUCAGUAGGGAAGCAUUGGGAGGCCAGUGCACAUGCGCCACAUACUGUCUCUCUGCGCUAAUCAAAUACGCUGUAGGAGCAGCAUUUGAUUGGGAACCGAGUCUGAGUCGGUUUUUAUAGGGGAAGCGGCCCUAGUGGCUGUUAGGAAGACAUCUUAACCAUGCAAUCAUACCAUAGCUGUAUCUAUUAACAAUGCCUUGCAUUGCAGGGUUAAAAUUAGAGCCGCUGCACCCACACCACUUCAUGAAGUAUAAGUGGUCUGGGUGCCUGUAUUUAAAUACGCAUUUAGUGUCUUUUGGCAGAGACAUUUUUUUUCCCUUUACAGGCUUACAAUCAUUCCUAGAGUAUAAAUGAGGGUGAGUGACUAGGAUUUGUUCCUCAAGGUAAAUGAAAGUAAAAAUAUUUUAUAAUGUAUUCUGGGAGUAGCGGGGUUAAGCUGCCAGGAAGCUACAAAAUACAGUAUAACACAAGAGUCACUUACCUCUUUAAGAACCAUGCCUGACAUACAACUAUUUCCCAUGCAAUGAGAAUUUCUACAGAAAUACUGGAUUGUGAUGUGAUCCCUGACCAGUAUCGAUUAUUGGAAAAGAUGAUCACAGAAAUGCAGAUCGUGAAUGACGAAUGUAACGUGACGCAAGUCAGUUCCCUGGAGUUCUGGUCUAUAAAUGUCACAAUACUUUGUUAUAUUAAACUCGCUAAUGCUGAGUAAAGAAAUGCCUUGGACCGAGGGACUAACUGGUAAUCUACAGGAUCAGCGUGUAACUCGGUCAGAGAUAUUCCCUGAAGUGUGAUUUAUAAAUCUUUCAUUGCAGACCCCAGUGGUACUGUUCGUCCAGAGAUAAUAAACACCGGUGGAAACCCAAGUUACAAGUAUUUCUACAGUACUGCUGAACAUGGUAGGACUUUAUACAUAUCUCUGCCUUUCAUAUUGGUGUCUGUUUUCUGUGACUAUUUUUAAUUAUGCACUGUGCCAAAGCACUUUCCAGACCAUCAAUGGGCCCCAGUCUAUUAAUUUGCUAGGAUCUAGGCUGUUUCUAUUUCUCUUAUUUAGUGCACACAUUACUGGCUUCCAUAUGCUACCAUGGACGAUUAGUGUAACAUUUAAAGGGUUACUCCAAGCACUGUGACCAUUUCCCUGGUUUGAAGUGGUUAUGGUGCCUGGGGUCUGUAUGUGUAGUGUUUGGUUAUGAAACGCAGCAGAGUUUAACCCCUCCUCUCCCAGAGAUCUAAUCCCACCUCCGGCAGCAGCAUUGGGCUAAGAGUUCCAGGCUGGCUAAUGUCAGUUCUGUUAUAAUUGUGUGCGCAGUGUUGUGGUCAACUGUGAUUCUCAGCCAAUGAAUGCUGACUGCCUUUGGCCUCUGCAGAAGCUGGGUGUUGUGACAGCCAGGACUAGAGGAACUGCUGAACCUGGCGUGACCCAGAUAUCGCCCCAUUACCAGAAAACAGGCCAAGUUACAACUGGCAUCGUAACCACUAAAACAGACUGACCAUUUAACAUGUUUGUAAUUAUGUUGGUGAGUUUAUUUAACUAGAAUACUCUAUCUUUUCCAGUUGUCCAGGGAAUGAAGGAUGCUCAGGAGAAACUCACCGGGGACUCCUUUAGAAAGCGAAUGGACGAAUUAUAACCAAUAAGUUCCACUGCAAUGGGGGCUACUAAGGGCAAAGGAACAUGGUCACACUUAGAGGUGUCUGCAAAGCCAGGAAGCCACUAGUACCGUCCAUUUUUAUCACACAGGUUAUAUAAAACGAUUCUCACUACAGGCGCUACCACUAUGCGGACAGGGGAAAAAUCAGGCUUUUAUUGUGAUCUGUGUAUGUCAGAUAUACAGCAGAUUAAAAUUUUAACAUACAGUGUUUUACAUACAUUUUCAUUUGCUGGUAUCAUCAGAGAUAUCCUCUAAUAUUUGGCGACAUGCUAUGGUUGUGAUAUUGGCAAUUAGCAUUUAUAUCAAGUUUGAAAAUAAGAGGCAAAAAAAAUAUUUUUGAAGAACUGAGAUGUUAUGGCUAUUCCACGCCCACCCCUCCCCCAGCCAUAACAAGAGUGCCUGUAGUGUGGAUUCCGUUGACUACAAAAUGUUUUUGUUUUGUUUUUCCUCUGUAUUUACUUUCAAACAAAGAUCUAACCAUUCAUUCUACUAAUGCAUGCCAAUGUCAUAUUUCACACAUCUGAGGCUAAUUAUGGACUGCAGUACUAUUGAAGGCUGCAGUGAGAUUUUUUUAUUUUUAUUAUUUUAUUUUUUUUGAUACUGGGAAAAAUAAAAAUCUCAAAUCUUGUGAGUGUGAACUUCUUGUACCACCCAUUGUACUGGGCCACUGCGAUGUUGUCUACAUAGAAACUAAUUCUAUAAUCAUACAAGUUUAUUUUUAUACAUGUUUGCAAAUCUGUCCCAGUAUUAAAACUGUGAUGUAUUAAAACUGUGAUUUGAUGUCUUUUAGAUAGCUAAUAUGAUGAAGUGUUAAAAUAAAACUAAUUCUGAUGAUUGGUCGGUUUGGCAAUGCAGAUAUUUGAGACUGGUUACAAAUCAUGGGUAAUGUAACUCAAACAAUCUGCAGUGCCAAAGCUGAACAUGUUUUAUACUGCUCGAUAUGAUUCUUGUAUUUGUAGAAGUAAAUCAGUGCCAAGGACUAGGGCAGGUUUAAGCCAUGGUGAUUUUUUUUUUGUUCGUUCAUCCGAGUGGCCGUCAUCAAGUAACUAGGUCAGGUAGCAUUGCCAUCCAGCUUUUUAUUUUAGGGAAACUAUUGUAUGUUAUUCUGUUGAGAGAAAGCGGGGCUUGUUUUCCAUUUGGCUUCGCGGUGGCGGACCUCGCAGACACUACUCACUUACCGACCGGGUUCCGUUCCUAUGACCCGGUCGUAGAACGAAUAGGUCAGUAAGUGAGGAGUUAAGGGAUUCCCUGCUCUGGUGCGCUUGUCUAUUUUCGGGGAAACUUCCCUGAACAUAGACAAACGCACCAGAGCAGAAAACCCCUCUAAUCUAUGUUCAGGCAAAUUUCCCCAAACAUAGGUUAGAGGGAUUCCCUGCUCUCGUGCGUUCGUCGGAAGUUUCCCCGAACAUAAACAUGUGCACCAUAGCAGGGAAUCCCCACGACAGCAAGUAAAUGCGAGCCGUCGUAAAACAGGUAGGUUGCUAAAUGAGGACCACCUGUAGUCCCAAGCUGAACACAGGAGGGGUCUAUCUUUUUUUUAAGACUGUUCUCACCCCCAUCAAUAACCCGCGAGAACACCUAAGCAUUUAUAUAUAAUGGCACCCCUGAAUGGGCAGCACAGCCAAAGGUAGUGUUGCACACUGUAAAACUGGCAAAUAGUGAAUUGGACAAACUCUCCACAUUAGCUAUGGUUUUUAGUUGUUUUGGCCUAAAAUUUUAAAUUUGAUUUCACAUUUAGUGAAUAACUCUGUCAGAAACCAUGUCAAAUAAAAAAACCCUCCUUCCUUUUCCCGAGAACCCGGUGUAGAUUUUGUUUGGCCAAAAUAAGUAAUGUCUUUCAGCCUUUGUUCUUGUUUAAAAAGUUCUGAGACUGGAUCAUUCAGCAAGAACAUUUCUUGUGAUUUCAAGUUUGAUUGCUAUGCUUUUAGAACUUUUACCUUAAAUGAAUCUUUAUUAAUAACCUUCUCCGUAUCGUAUUUUCUGCUUACACGCAGCAUAGCUUGAAGAAUCCAUUUAAGUCCUCUAAAUUCCAUUUUUGCCAUUUAGAUGGUCAUUGCAAAGGCACGAUAGACCCUAUCAAAGCUAAUGUGCUCUAUACUAGAAUUGCUGUCUGAGUACUUUAUUUACUGCUAACAGUGGAAUCCUAUUUCUGGACUCUGAUUGUCUGUUUGUGAUGGAGAGUAGUCUGGUUAAUUGGGGGGUGCUUUUAAUCAGAGAUUGGGAUACAUUGCUACUCUCCAUCUUUCGGUGGAAUAUAACUGCCAUUGCUUAGCCAGCAUUCGGUUUGUAAAGGGAAAACAAAGCAUAUGGUUUUAUUCUGUACAAAUAUGCAUAAUAAUCCCUACAGAGCAGUAUAAAACAUUAUUUAAUUUUUUUUUUUUAAAUAACUGCUACAGGUUUGUUUCAGACCAUGGGUGCCCAAAAUGUAGAUCCCCAGAUGUUAGAGAUGCUUUGCAUGCCUUAAGAGUGCUUUAGAAAGAUGAAGCAUCGUGGAAGCUGAAUUUUAAAACAUCUGUGGAUCUACCAUUUGGGCACCCCUGUUUUAGACAAACCCCAGGAAAGUCCUUUCUUUACAAGUCACGGUUUACGAAUAGCAAUUCAUCGAACUGGGAAUCAUAGAGAAUUGUAAAUUUUUGCCCCAAAUACCCGAGCUGGUAACCUUGCCAUCAUGGCUAUCUUAUGAUAAUCUGGGAAUUGACUAGGGGAUGCGGGUUGGAAGUAAGACUGUGAGGGAAGCGGUUUCCAAUUUGGCGGUCUGUGAAAACACAGUUGUUUUCCCCCCCCCCCCCAUUUUCUCCAAAACACCCAGUUUAGUAAAUAGACCACAAUACAUGUCUACAGUGGGAUUAUAAAUAACUCUACUGAUUGACUGUUCGAGUAGCCUUGCGAUCCUUAGUGAGAGGUUGCCAGCGGCUAUUUCUAAAAUGUUUAAUAGUCAAAUGUGACUCUCAUGCAAAAAUAUGCCUCUGUAGGUAAUUCAAAAAAAAUAAAUAAAUAUUUAUUAUUUUGCCCAUCGCAUGGAAAUAUAUUCUUGUUACUUUUAACCCUCUCGCUAGCCCUGCACGCACACGGUUACUGUAUUGUUUCUCUGAACACUGAAAAGUUCUAUAGAAAUUUUGUAAGAUUUGUCUAUAAUGAAAUUAAAGUUUUUCUAAACUAA